ACAAACAAACAUGGAGUUUAUUUUGUUUUGAGUAGUAUUUAGUUGAUAUUUUUCAUCUCAUAUUUUCGGCAUUUAACAAAUUGUCUAUCUCAUUCGUGUUGUUAAAUUUAUGUAAAUUUUUAUAUUUAAAAUAACUUUUAUGUCCCUAAAUACUCUUAGAUUAAAAUUAAUAAACAUAUUUAAUAUCAAAACGUGUACAAAACUAAACCUGCCAACCAUCUAUUUCACCACAAAUUGCAAUUUAAAUAUAUCCACUUUUUCCACAAUGAAACGCACGGCAAAUUCUCAAAGCUCUUCAGUAAAAAAACAAAAAGUUCUUGCCGGAUUCCCAGAUUCUAAAAAACCAAACAAUGAAUCUGUUGCCGGUGUAACUCAAUUUCUAACAAAAAUUCAAUCCAAUCGCCUUGAAGCUGGCGAUAGUAUUAUUGAUUUCCAAUUUAAAAAGAAGCGCGUUCGCAUUCUUUCAGAAGCUACCGAUGUACCUGAAAAUGCCGAUGCUAUUUUAUAUUGGAUGGACAGAGAUGCUCGUGUUCAAGAUAACUGGGCAUUUCUUUUCGCUCAAAAGUUAGCACUCAAAAAUGAAAUACCUUUGAUGGUUUGUGUAUGUCCUGGCCCAAAAUAUCUGUCGCUAAGGCUUUAUAAAUAUAUGUUAUCGGGCCUCGAAGAGGUCGAAAAAGAGUGUAGAAAUUUGAAUAUUAAUUUCCAUCUUUUGUUGGGCGAAGCUCCAAAAGAAAUACCAAAAUUAGUAAAGCAAUACAAUAUUGGAGCGGUUGUGUGUGAUUUCUCACCACUUCGCUUGCCAGUUAAGUGGGUAAAUGAGGUAAAAGAUAGUCUUCCUGCAGAAGUGCCUCUCACUCAAGUUGAUGCUCAUAAUGUGGUCCCAGCUUGGGUAGCAUCUGAUAAACAAGAGUAUGCUGCGCGUACUAUUCGUAAUAAGAUUACUUCGAAAUUGGGAAUGUUUUUCACUGAGUUUCCACCGCUCAUUAAACAUCCUCAUUCAUAUAAAACUAAAGCUGAGGAAACUAAUUGGAAAGCUGCACUUGACUAUGUUGUAAAUACAUUGAAAUGUGAUAUGAAUGUGGAUGAUGUUGAUUGGGCAACACCUGGUUACGUAGGUGGUAUGACCCAGUUACUUGAUUUUUGUACGAGAAGACUUAAGAACUACGAUUCAAAACGCAACGAUCCAACACUUGAUGUGAUUUCCAAUCUAUCGCCUUGGUAUAAUUUUGGUCACAUAUCCGUCCAGAGAAGUGCUCUUGAAAUAAGCCGCCUUAAAUCAAAGUACAAAGCAUCUGUAGAAGCCUAUUGUGAAGAAUCCAUAGUCCGUCGAGAAUUAGCCGAUAACUUUUGCUUUUACAACGAAAAGUAUGACAGUUUACAGGGAAUCGCUUCCUGGUCGUUAAAAACCCUAGAUGACCAUCGUAAGGACAAACGAGAAUGGCUUUAUACACAAGAAGAAUUAGAAACAUCAAAAACCCAUGAUGACCUAUGGAAUUCGGCACAAAUACAGCUUGUAAAGGAGGGCAAAAUGCAUGGGUUCUUACGCAUGUAUUGGGCUAAAAAGAUACUCGAAUGGACUAAGUCACCUGAGGAAGCGCUGAAUUUUGCUCUGUUGUUUAAUGAUAAAUACAGUUUAGAUGGUUGUGAUCCAAAUGGAUUUGUUGGUUGUAUGUGGUCAAUUGGAGGUAUUCAUGAUCAAGGUUGGGGUGAAAGACCUAUUUUUGGUAAAAUUCGUUACAUGAACUAUCAAGGAUGCAAGCGUAAAUUUGAUGUUCCAGCCUUUGUGGCUCGUUAUGGAGGAAAGGUUUAUAGUAAGAAAAAAUGAGACCUGAACUAACAUGCCUUAAGAAAUAAACAAUCUCUCUUUUUUAUUAAAACAA